AUGACUUCUACAAAUGAUGGAAAAAACGUGAAAAGUAAUCAAACAAGUGGCCCAAAAGGCAAAUCAUUUUACAUUGAACUUUAUAAGUCUCUAGAUGGCCGGCUGAGUGGGGAAGGGGAGUUGCACGAACGCGUGCAGCACCUCUGUGAAGCGUGGCGGCGCAUACAUGCCUUGUGCCAACACUCCGCCCACACCACACAUCCGCAUCUACUCAGCUGGCUGCAGAGGCACACCGCGCGGACUAUACUUCAGACUGAAUGGCAGUCACCAGAAAGCAAAAACGAACAUGUGAAAUUGAGCGAAGCAAUCGAAGCUUUCAUUGAGGAAACUCAGGAUGCGAUUGCAAGCAGAGAUGGCACCAAUCCAUUUUGGGAGAGUCAGCUGCUGCAGAGGGCCGAGUGGUUCAAGAAUGUGCUCUCGAAUCCUUGGGGACACCCGGUUCUCAGAGUACUCUUAGACCCUACAGGAGAAAAGCCAAGCGAUAAAGAGGUUAUAGAAUGGCUGAAGGAGGAGCGUGGUGUGAUAUUCGUGACGCGGUUGCGACAGCUGGCUUCGUCGAAGAAAUGCCUAGACUUGGCCUGCGCACUCGUCUCCGCAGUAAUGGACCGCGCAAGGGCUUCCGCUACCGUAGUAACGAACGCCGACGCACUCGACAAGAAAGCAAAAUUGGAGAAGAAAGAAGCAACAUUCGUCGAAAUAUUAAAAACUGAGGCGGGUUUUACGGUGGAUGUGUGGGAGCUUCUUACGGAUUUGGAGUUUGUACUGCUAUUCAAAGCAGAGAAUCGGGCGCGCUGCAUAGAGUUGGCAAAACAAGCACCACUCCGAAGUGGUUACCAGCUUGUAGAGAGGUUGCACAGUCGCCUCGAAAUGUCACCGCGGGAAAAGAAGCUUUGGAAAAAUGCUAAGGAAGUUGCUACACUCGUUGCCCAGGUAAUAAUAGCGCGGUGCAUGGUGGUGCCUGUGUGCGGUGGCGGCGCGCGCACGGCGUUGUACUGCUGCGCGCGGUCGCUGGCGCGCCUGCUGCCCGCCGCGCGCCUGCCCGCCGCCGCCGGCGCGCUGGCCGCGCCCGCCGCCACCGCGCGCCACCUGCACACGCUCGCCGCCGCCGUCGACGCACAGUGUAAAGACGAAAUGAAGCCUUUCGUUUGUGAGCUUUACGUGCGCGCGAUUACGACUGGUAUGAACGAGUUGGAGAGACUCAAACUGAAAACUGAAAAGGAGGCAGAAGCUCGUGCAAUGGAGCAGACCCUAAGCUCAUGGUUCACGCAACUGGGGUCGCUGCUGUCGAAAAGCGUUCGGUUGAACUACGAGUGUGCUCUUACUGCAUUCUCAGUUCAUCCAACGUCGGUGAUGUACGAGCGAAUAGUUUCUGCGCCUACACUGCCCUCUGUAGCCGCUACCACGGAAAUACAAGAAUCUGCAUCAGAAGCUAAUCCGGAGUUUGGUAGUUGGGCGACAGACAGUUGUACUAAGACAAACUUUGUGAAAACAUCUGAAACAUUGAACAUCAAGCAAAUACAGCAUAAUGCAAAUGUGCUGUCAACUGCAGUCCUUUCCGAAGGAGAAGCUUUAGGCCUUGGUGCAGAGCUUUGUCAAGAUUUAGCUGUCUUGCUCUCUGGACCAAGACAUAAAACACUUUCAUGGGAUAUAGACAGAGUUGUCUUAUUGGAAAACUGUAGAACAUACAUGGAGCGCACACAUGGCGGUACUCGCGCUUUAACGACAGAACUCAAGUACCUGAAUCUCGAUCCUAGCUCCUUCAUGCAUUUACCAGAAGAACAGGAAGAUGAAGACAACAUUUAUUAUGGGAUUGAAAAAGGUUAUGAACACUUAGUAGAAUAUCAAGAGGUUGAAAACAUAUGGCAUGAUGCAUUUAUAGACCCUGAUAUGACCGAAAGUGCAAAUUCAAGUAGUAUGUUCGAUAUACCCGUGUUGCAACGGAGAAAGAAAUAUUCCAAACGUGUUCAACAUUAUUCUGAUGAAGAUUCCGAUCCACUAAGCAUAAUUGCAGAAGAAAGAAGACAUGAAAAGAAAAAAGAGAGACCACACAGUAAAGAAAGAAGUAAAGAAAAAAUAAAAUCUAAGACAAAGGAACCGGGUCCAGAUAAAGAUGGUAACAGUGAACGAAAUAAAGUUAAAUCCGAAAGAAAAGAACAGAAAAAGGAAAGAAAAGAACGCAAGAAAAGAGACAAACUUAACAUCAGUCACAUGUCAGAACCAAGAGUUGGCUCUCUUUCAAGGUUAGUAGGUAUGAAAGUGGAAAGGGUAGAAAAUGUACAUCCAAAAAUAGAAAAACAAACAAGCUGUGAUAGUAUUGAUUAUUCCAGUCAAAGAAAAUUGUCUGUAACGUCAUUCAAUUCGGAUGGUAGUGAAAAUAACGUGGUAUUUGAUGGAUUGUACUCAAUGGAUGAAAUUAAAUCUCCAGAAAAAGGUAUUCAAAUUACUGAAUCCCUCAGUAAAACCCCACUUCACAAUUGCAAUGAUUUAGCAAGUGUAAAAGAUGUAUCAGUAAGUAAUAAUCAUGUGUUAGAUAUGGAUAUAGCCAAUAUUCAAAGCAGUGCAAAUUCCUUAAUGGGAAAUCCAAAAACAAACAUCACUCAAACUGUAACUGAUAAUAAUUGUAUUAAUGAUGCAGACGGCAAGGAUAAAGACACUAACCAAGUAAAGGAAGACGUCAAACAGAGCAUUAAAAAGCUGAUUCAAUUCAGAAAGUUAAAAUCUUCCAAUAAUGAACAAAACGUCAAAAGGGAACACAACAUCCGUAAUGAAGUACAAAAUUUACAUUCUGAUAAAAACUAUGAAGUACUUCACCAAAACACUAGGCAAAAGGAAUUCAAAGAGGUAUGCCCUACACCAACUAAUGUAAAUUCAUCAUUGGAGGCAAAUUUAAAUAUACCUAAGAUUUACGUUAACAAAAAGCAGUCUGAACAGUUGAGUGUGUUAAAAAAUGAAGUUGGCAACCUAUUUGUCAAAAAUAAUAAGUCUAUAACUUCUACUCCACCUCACCCCGAUGCAAGGAGUUGUGUUGGAAAAAUUGUUGCUGGUUUGGCACAAUACACAAAGUCAACAUCAAUGAAGAAAUUGAAAACGGAUGAUAUUAAAACACUACCUGUUUUACAAUCUGAAAGUCAAAAUAUAAAUGUUACAAGUAGCAAUAAUAUAGCUUUAGGUCAUAGUAAACGCUUUGGCGAAACACGGAUUUUAGUUAAAAAUAUGCCAUGUAACAAUUCAGCAAAUUCAAGAAUAACAAACCAAAAUAAAUUUAAAGAUUUCCUUAAAGAAUUGCAAGAAACAAUAAAUGCUGGCGCAAUCAAAGAUAAAUCAGAAGCAAUACUUAAGUUAAAUGAAACUUCUGUCACUAUAAAAAAUUCAAAAUCUCUUAAUAAAACAGUACCUAUUCAUUGUAAUACUUCAAAAAUGAAUUCCGCAGUUGUGACCCAAUGUGCCAAAUCCUUGUCACAACAAAAGAAGGUUGAAAAUGCACCUAAUACUUUUGCUCGACUAAGUUAUAUGCACAAAAGCAAACAGAGUGAUGUAAGACCUAAACCAGCUGUAUGCCAGGCCAAGCAGAUUCAUCAACAAAAGCAAACAGCGUCUGAAAUAGAUCAACAAAUAGUUGACUUCAAACUAAAUAAGUUUAAAUACCUGCAGGGUAAAGGUGUAACUAUUUCUAGAGUUGGAAACCCUAUUAAAAGCAACAACCCCGAAGAUGCUCAAGAUGUACGAAAAGAAAAGUCAAGUUCAAAUUUUACCGACGGGCAUCCAGUUUUGUCUAAAAUUUUACAAGUAAAGGAAAAAAAUGCUAGUAAAUCUAAAUUAGACGUCACUAAAGAACUUAUUAGAGACAUCCACAAUAGUCGACCACAAGUUAUAACAACUGAAACUUCGAAGUCUUCACUAUUAGCAGAAAAGGAUCAAGAUGAUCUAUUACUUCUUUUACGACAGAAAAAUUGGCUAAAUGCACCAAGAUCAACAACGAAACCUGAACUUAAAUUUAACCCUACACCACAGGCCAUGAUAGAAAUUAAUAACACCUUUCAAAAUUUUGUUCCAAAUUCGAAAUCUUCUGAUUUGUCAUCAGUUAAAAACAUGAAAUUAAGUGAAUGCGAAAUUAACAGGGACAAAUUUUUAAAAACUCUGACUUCAACUACUGAAAAUGAUCAAACAAAACCAUCUGUUAUUAAAACUCAAACAUCAAGAACAUUAAUACAUUCUUCAUCACAAUCAUCAUACGACAUUACAACUACAGGCAGUAUUUCACAUAAUACUCUAUUACUUGACGCAAAAUGCCAUAACAAAGAAUCACAAGUAAAAAAGAGAACCACACCAAGGAUUUCUUCUGGAAAUAAUACUACAAAACAAGAUUGGGAAAGUGUGAUGGAUGCUAUUUUAAAACACAAAACUCCAAGCCGAGGUCCAAACGCCCUUGACAUUGCUUUAAAUAAAGAUUCCUUUGAAAAACGGUUAAAAGAAAGUAAUCAGCUCAAUCAGAAAAUUGUAUGCGACAGUUAUGACAAAAAAGAUUUAGACAAAGUUGUUGGAAACGAUUUUGAAUUAAAACAUGAAAACAUUGUUCAAGUAUCAAAACUUCAACAACCCAAAACGAACCGCAAUCCUCAUUUAAAGUCAGUAAAUAUCGAUCUUCCAAAAAGGUUAAACAAAAAUGUUAUUAGCAAAGCAAAUAUACAUCAUAAUCCUGGGUUGUUAGCACCUGUUUUAUCAAAGAAGGAUACUUCUUUUGAAGUUCUUAAAAACCACGACCCUUUUAUAUCAGGAAUACCAAAUUCUGAUUAUGAUCUCUUAGAAGAACUGAUGGAUGAUGAUUUACGUAAAGAAAUUGGCGAGUUGUUAUCAGAAGAUGACACCUAUCAAUCUGUAGCAUUAAGUGUUAAAAAAGACAACAAACACUCUCUUGCGAUAAAAAGUGAGCCUAAAACAAUAGCUCAAUUUCGUAAAGAAUUGAGAGUCCAGGAAUUUCAAGAACAAUCCCCUGUUUUAACAUGUGAUAAUAGCCCUGCCAAAUCUACCAAAGAUGUAGGAAAACCGAUCGAUACUAUAUCUGUAAAGUCAGCGCCAAAGCUGUCGUGUACCUCAACUUCAAACAAUGAUCCACAUCUAAAAUCUCAAGACACGGUUAACUGUGAACUUAUUAAGAAAACACCUUCACAUACUUCAGUCAUUAAACCUCUCAAAAAGAUAAUUUACCAGCCAGCCCAACAACAAAAUAUUUCACAAAACAAUAAUGUUGCUCCUUGUAAUGAAAUAAUAACAUCAAAAGAUUUAAACAUUCUAAAAAUAACGAAGCCAAUUGCUGUAAAUAAUAAUAGUGAGAGUUUUCGGAUACCUAGUUCUAAUAAUAUUUUGAUCAACAGCCAAAAUAGCCAUGAAGAUUCAAAGAAUGUGAUUAUCACUACAGUACCUCAAAGAACAACAUUACAAAAUGUAGUGCUUAUUGGUUCAGAAAUUGUUUACGAUCCAUAUCCUGCUAUACAAAUACAAGGAUCUUCAAAUACAAAUGUAUGUAAUAUUAACCAAAAUACUUAUGUUGCUGUAAAUACGAUGUCAAACAUAGCUUUGCUACAUACGACUCAGUUUGCAGCUCCUGUCGUUACACCUGUUAUCAUUGGCAAUGCUGUUACUUUGUCUGCACCCAAUGAUGAGGCGCAACAGUCUCUGAACACGAAAUAUCUCCCACUAAGUUUAAGAAAUCACAGUGAAUCUUUAUCAUCUGGUUCUAUUAUGGAACGUCAGAAGACAAAAAACGAUUAUACCAAAAGCAAUUUUGAAAAGGUAGUAAAGGAAAAUUUAUUUAAUGAUCAAAAAAAUUAUGAAAAUAAAAUGGACGCAAACACAAAUAAAAAUAAUGAACGAAAAAUUUUGUCACAAGUGCAAGCUAAUCAAAAAUUAUCGCCUGAAAAGACUGAUAGUCGAUUUUCAACAAAAUUGGGCAAUUUAACUGAUCUUAAUGAAAAGGUUGAAGUGUCCAAGGAACACGAAAGACUGAAAGAAAAACGUUUGGCUAUAAUAAGUCGAAAAGUAAGUCAUCAUACUAAUAUUUUACCAAUACCGUUACCCUACACUCCUUUAAAUGAAACGAAACCAGAAUAUGGUGUUCUCGAUGCACAUUGUAAAGGAAAUGCAAAGCAAAUAAUCACAGAAGGUGAAACUACUUCGCGUUCUAUUAUCGUUGAAUUGCUUAAAAAUGAUAAUCUUUCUAAUGCCGGUAAUGCAAAUAUGCAAUUGAAAGAAAGAGAAAAUUCUGAAGAAGAUGUCUCUUUAAAUGAUCUAACAAAAUUGCAAGUACCAGAAAAUUAUAAAGAGAAUGACAAUACUCUAAAGUUACCAUGUCGUCGCAUAAUGUUAAGAUCUUCAAAAAACGUCAAAGAUAAAAUAACGAUUAUUCAUAAAAAAGCAAAAAUCCAUAAAUUAAAAAAAGCAAAGCGACAAGUAAAAUGUGUAUCAUCAAUUUUAGAGAAGGAAAAGACAUCUAAAGAAGAUAUAAAAAUAAUCAAAGUUGAAUCUUCAAAUGAGGAUUGUAUACAUUUUUCGAAUCAAAAUAAUGUUAAAGAAAACACAAGGAAUAAGGAAAUCGUUAAAAGAAAAAGUAAAGAAUAUGAGUGUAAUGUUUUAGCGAGCCCAAAGUUGCCAAUUAAAACUGAAUUUUUCGAUGUAGAAGAUCAGUUGGUUGGAUCAGUCAUACAUAAAAUAAGUAAAACAUUAAAGGAUCCUGAUGGAACACCACAUGAUACCACCAGUAUUAGUGAGAUGAAAAGUGAGAAUGAACAAAAAGGGAACGAAUCAAAUAAUAAUUUAGGUAAAGAUCUUAGAUCGGCUACACCCAAAGUAAAUAACACCAGAAUUGAUGAAAAGAAAAGUGAGAAUGAAGAAAAAAGAAAAAAACCAAAGAAUAAUCUAGAUAAAGCACUUAAAGUAGUUAAACCUAAAAUAAAUUUGAGGAAUUGUGAUGGUUUACCUCAUAAUACCAAAAGUGUUGUAUGUGACAUGAAAAGUGCACAAGAAGGAAAAGAAUCAUACAGUAAUAACACUGUUGGUUUAAUUAUACCUAUAAUAAAAGAAACAUCAAGGGAUUCCGAUAUAUUUUCUCAUGAUAACACAAAAAUUGUUGCGAAGAAAAGUGAAUUUGUACGAAAAGGAAAAGAACCAAAAAAGUUAAAAAGUAAAACUCUUGAAUCAGUUAUACCAAAAGUAAAUAGAUCAUUAAGGGGUUCAGUUGGAUCACCUUAUUGUAAAACUGGGAUUAUAGGAAUGAAAAGGAAGAAACAAAACGAAACGGAAAUAAAGAAUAAUAUAGGCAAAGCUGAAAAUCUUUUAGGGAAAUCCCUCGACCGAAAACAUAUGGAAGUUAAUGAUACAAACUUAGUGCAAAAAAUUGAGAGAAACAAAACAUGCCUUAAAUCUGAUACAACAGCUUCAAGCUCUGAAAGUUACUCUUAUGUUAUUAAAAAUGACAAAGAUGUUAAAAUAGUAGAUUGUAAAAUAAGUAAUUCGGGAGAAAAUAAUAGAGGCAUGAAUCAAAUAAAUAGUCAAGAUAAUUUUAAUGCUUCCAUUAAAAAUGUAUUACUUACGAAUGAGAUGCCGAAUAAUUUAGCGCAAAAAAGUGAUCUAUCUAAGGAUUGCCAGAAUGAUAUUUCAAAAAAAUUAAAUAAGAGAUAUAAUUUACAAGAAUUGAAAGAUCUGGAUCAGGUGCAAUUUGAAGAGAUUAUUACUACACAUGAAAAUGAACCACACAAAAAAAUUUUUCGUGUACGGUUACCCAAUGGUAAAAAAUUUAAAGCUACGAUAACCGGAAAAAAUAAUUUUGACCUUAAGAAUAUAUUGAAACAUCCGGAAUUAAAAUCAAUAUUACUCAAAAAUUAUUUGAAAUCGAACAGAUGCACUCUGAAUAUUAAAAAGAAAGCUUCAAAAAUGACAUUUAAAACUAAAGUAAAUACACACGAAACCAACAGGGCUAAAAGUGUAAAAGAAAUGGAAACUGUUAGCUUGAUUAGUGAUGAUGAAGGUGAAGGUCCUACUCAGCACCUAGAAACAGAAUAUGGCAACUUUUUAAUUGCCCCUCUUGAUAGAAAUACAUUUUCAAAACAUCAAAAGAAGUUAUCCGAAAAAUGUUCGGUGCUUCUAAAAAGAUAUAGCAUUGAGAAGUUUGAUGCGUUAGAGAGUAAUUGCAAAGUUCCGGAAACCUGUAGCUAUUCAGAAGAAAGAAAUCAUUUUUUAUUGCCGAAUAGCUUCAAAAGUGAUGAUAUAAAUAAUAAAGUACCAAAUGCCCAAAAUAUUACUCUUUCUUUAUCUUGCAAAAGUGUCGCGGAAGUUGUAGAGGAAUCUUCUGGUAUAGUAGAUAAAACUUCUAUGAAUUUACCACUCGAGGAGAUUAUUAUCGAACAUCGUUUAAAUGAAACUGAUAGUGUACUAUCAAAGAAUGACCGCACAAAUGACCAAACUAAGCGGGAAGUAUUUAUAACCAACGAGCUUGAAUUAAAUAAAAGCGUAGAAGAUAUGGAGCUAACACAUUUAAAAGAUGUUCUUAACCCUGUCAAAUUAUUAAAUGACUCUGCGAAUAACUAUGAAUGCUCUUUGAAAAUAACCAGAUGUGAUAAUUUAGUUAAAAAGUUAAAAAACAUCAAUACGGAAUGUUUCGUAGAACUUAUUAGAUGUGAUGAUAUAUUAAAGGAAUACCCUAAAAAGAAAACAUCUUAUUAUGUAGAAAGUACUGACGAUGAUUGUAUAAAAUAUGGACAAGAUAUUAAAGAAAACACGGAUACGGGCGAUGUUUUCAAUUCAGAUCCAACGAAACAAAUUGAAAAUAAUUUUGUGUCUGAGUCAAAAUUGGUACGGAGUGGAUCGUUUUCUAUUUUAGAUGAUUUUUCAAGGUACAUCGAAAAUACGGAUCAUCUUAACGCAGAGCCAGCUAUUAAGGAGUUAACCGUCAAUUACAUAGAGAAUGAAAACAAUUUUCAUAAAAGCGUACCAGUAGCUUUUCAAUGUGAUGCAGAUUGGUUCAUGACAAAAAAACGACUAUUAUAUGCAUACGCAAUGAAAUAUUCAACCGAAUUUUCAGACUCUGAUCAAGAUUUACAUCAUUUAAAAAUUGAAAAUUUUGAUGAUGCUUCAACGGAUUUUGAAAGUGAUACUGAGUGUUUUGUGGAUGAUAUUUGUGACUUAUUCGCCAACCAACAAUUUGAAUUCGAUAAAAGUUUACCAGCGGUUUUGAAAUGUGAUGCAGAAUGGCUUGUAACAAAACGACAAAUAUGCUUACAUGAUGUCAAACAUUCGAAUUUGCAUACCGAAAAUAAUGUUGAUAUUUCUAUGGAUUUGGAAAGUGACAAUGAAUGUUCUGUUGUAGACAUUUGUGAGUUAUCUUUGAACGAUAUUCGGAAUACCGAAUUAAAUAAAAGUUUACCAGUUGUUUUGAAAUGUGAUUCAGAAUGGCUUGCGACAAAACGACAUUUGAUUUUACAUGCUGUAAAAUAUUCUUAUGAAUGUAUAAACACAGAUCAAGAUUUGCGGCAUUCGUGUUGUGAUGUUUCCACGAAUUUUGAAAGUGAUACUGAAUAUUCUCGAGUAGAUAUGAGUGAGUUAUCCGAAAACGAAAUUCAGGAUGAAUUUGAGCAGAAUAAAAGUUUAUCAGUGGUUAUUAAAUGUAAUGCAGAAUGGCUUGCGACAAAACGACAUAUGGUUUUACACGUUAAAUAUGCUGAUAAAUGUUUUAAUACACAUCAAGAUUUGCGGAAUUUGCAGACUGAAAAUAAUCGUGACAUUUCUACGAAUAUUAAAAGUGAUACUAAAUACUCUGUAGUAGACUUGAGUGAGUUAUCCACAAACCAAAUUGAAAAUAAAAACGAAGUCAAUAUAAGCUUACCAUUGGUCUUAAAAUGUAAUGCGGAUUGGCUUGCAACAAAGCGGCAAUUAACUUUGCACGCUGGUAAAUAUUCGGCUACAAGUUCUUACCCUGAUCAAUACGUGCGGCAUUUGCAUAGUGAUACUAAAUGUUUUGUAGUAGACAGUUGCAAAAUAAACCAAGAUAAUAAUGUUUGUAAAUCUGAUAGUAUGGGAAAUAUAGAAGUUAUGAGCUUAAGAAAAUGUAUGGUAAAAUUUUUCGAAAAUAAUACAGUGCUCGAUAUUUUAAAACCCAAUCCACAAAACAAUAAGACAGUUACACAACGCAAAUUUCAUUUUCUUAAGAGAAAACUAUCACCUAAUGAAAAUACAGCUUCAAUGAAUAAAAUCUCAAAAGCUUAUUGUAUAGAACCUGUACAGGAAUCAAGUUUAGUAACUAAAUUACCAGAAUACAAACCAAAAGUUGAUACUAAGGAUAAGGUCACAACCAUAAGUUCACAAAUGGGCCCCAUAAAUCCUAAAGCUACAACAAUUUAUGUAAUUGAUGCAAGCAAUAAGAAUGAAGUAGGUGACAAUGAUAAAUAUGUGUUACAUAACCCAAAAGAAACAAGUUUUACAGAUAACGCCAAGGUUGAGGAAGUGCUUAAUGAUUUAAACGAUAAGGAUGUGUGUGAUGACUCUAUAGAUAAGCUUAUGAUAGGUGUUGAGAAUAAUAAGAAUGUAUCAGCUUUAAAUAGUGAAAGAAGUAAUGUAAAAAGCUUAGGCUGUAAAAUAAUUUUUGAUACAAAUGGUCCAUUGUCAACAACAACUACUUAUCAGCAAAAUAUGAAAUGUCAAGAAAAUUGUCAAAAUAGCUCAAACGAGCUUAUUGACACAUCAAAAGUAAGCAACAAAGAAGAUGUUUCUAUAAAGGGAAGCUAUAAAGUACUUGAUAUUAAUUCAACAAAUACAAAUUGUAUUAUUGGCGAGUGUAUGCAUGAAAAAGUUCUUAGAAAAGCUUGUCAUUCCCAUGUCGAAGACAACAACGUUUCUGCUAAUUAUACUGAAAAGCUUAUUCACGUUGCUGAAACCUCGAAAAUGGUGAAAGAAUCUUUAAUAAAUAGCAAUGAAAUAAAACAAAGACUGAAUAAAUUUUCUAAUAUAGAUACCCAGCAAAACACAACUUCUUCCAAUAAUGUCACUGAUUCAUUAACAGACACAAUGAUAGCUGAAAAUAAACAAUAUAACAAGAAAAAAGAAAGUAUUAGCAGACUUACACAUAAAUGUAAUGAACUAAGCAUUAACUUACAAGAAGACAUAGCUUUAUCUAAGGAACUGAAAACUUUAGAUAAAAUUGUAUAUGAUGCAAAUUCAGUAUCUCCUCAUCAAUGUAAAGAACAACGAGAGAAAAUCUUUCAAGACCUAAGCUGUAAUAACAGAUGCUCUGAAUCUGUAGAUGAUGAUUUUAUAUAUCAUAACAGAACUUUGAAAAUAAAUGAAAGUGUUAAUGGUAUAUCGAAACAAAGUGUGGUAGAGGAAAAUAUUUCUUUCGCAUAUAAGACAGAAAUUUCACAACUUUGCCAAAAUAAAACCACACAUGUAGAAACGCACCAUGACUAUGAAGUUAAAAACGAGCGUAAUAUUAUUAUAAAAGGAGAAGUAGUAGACGAAUGUAACCUAAAUAACCUCUAUGAUAUUUCUACAUAUGAAAACAAUAGCCUGAUUAAGAUAAAAGAUGAAUCUUUAAUUCAAAAUGAUUCCUCUAAUGUUGGAAAAAACGACGUUUCGCGUAAUGUAACUCUUGUUUAUAACGGUGAAUCAGGAGCUGUGUUAGAAAGUAUAGAAUAUAAAGACCCCAUAGCUGGAACUUGUUAUAUUAUGUAUCCCUUGGAAACAAAUACCGUGUUUUCUGAUGAGGUCUCCGAUGAUGAUUGUAUAUUAAAAGAAAAACAAGAAGGAACACAAAGUAUCAAUAAUGAAGCUAACGAAACGCUAACCUCUACUUCUAUAAUUAACAUUGAGACAAUGUAUGACGAAAACUUUUCUGUUUUAGUACCUAAAAUAACAUAUUCAAAAAAGGAUAAAUUAAAUAAAAGUACACGUCGCAAUAUAGAAAAAGUAAGUAAAAGAGGUAUUAAACGCAAAAGUGAUUGUUUGGAUUGUAAAAUGAAUGAAAAACGAUACAGAAAAAGUAAGAUUGAUUACACAAAAACUAGUGUUUCAAAAAAUGAUAUAACAUAUUGUAAAGAAUACAAACGCCUCUUCGAUUACUAUAGUUCCUUAAAAUUUUCUUACUCUAGACCAUUUCAGAAAGAAUAUAUAGAUGUUAGUAGAAUGUUCAAAGCCUGGCCUAUAAUACAAGAAUCGCAUCAUGUACCACCUGAUUCAGAGAUUGAUGAUAUUUUUGGCGAUAGUGCUGAACAGAUUUGUUAUCCUGAUCCUAUGAAACAAACAUUAGCAGAAGAAUUAUCCACAGAAUAUCCUGAGACCUAUUUACAAUCAAAUGAUAUGAAUGAAACAAAUUUCAAUAUGGGUUUUGGUGAGGAGUCCGGCAGAGUCAAACAAAAGAUAGAAAAGAGGGACGAUUGUCUAAAAUUUUCGGCUGCAACUCUGUCGGACGUAAAGCAUUCUCAGCCGUUUUUACUAUCCGAAAAUUACGAGGAUUGUAAAAACAAUUCUGAAGUUUCAAAUAUCUCUGAAUCAACAACAAAAGAUCAAAAAGAGAAACUAAAACAUUAUAUCACCUACAUUCAGUUACGAGAUAAAGUUCGUUCAUAUUUUAAGAAAACGUCUAUUGAAUUAAGCUAUAACUGGAUUAAAGAUAACAUUAAAGACAAAGAUUUUAAAUGGAAAUGUGACGGAGACAAUGAUUUUACAAAUUAUCCCUUUGACUUUUUGGUACCAGAUUUUAUUGAACCCCCGCCUUUACAAUCUAUUGUGCAAGUGGUUCAAGUUGGUCAGCUAGCAGUAAGUGCAGCUGUACAAAACCCCGUUAGUUGUGAUCCACGUGUAACUCAGGUUUCAGAUGCAAGUCCUUCGCAGUGUUCUGUAGAAAAUAGUCCGCAGGACGAUUCGCAAUCAGCUAUUAAAACCGAGUAUACAGAACUUACAACUGCUGAUAUUACUCUUCCACUUGUUGCUGAAUAUGAACAACAUGAUGAAAACAUUGCAGUAGAAUCGCACGAAUCUACUAACAUACCAAUAAACGAAGAUAAUUUACAACCGGAAAAAGAGUUUAUAUCCAACACUAAAAUUGAAUCAAAGGAGGCCGCUUGUGAUAUUGAAGUAGAUAAAAACCUAAACCUUGAAAAUAAAGAAUUGCAAGCGAUAGGGAACAAACACGUAAAUGAUUCUGAUUAUCAAUUGGAAACAAAUAAUACUAGAUCACUUGAAUCAGAUUCACAACCGACGUUGUUAUUCGAGUCAACCAACAGACAAAAUUCUACAUCAGAGAAAACGGAUCAAAUAGCGCAUGCUAUGAAUGCCGCAGGUAUUACAACAACUGCGGAGACAAAUUCGAGAGCACAUGCAUUAGUUAACAUUUUAUCGCAAAAAAUCCAUCAAAGUGCUGUUACAACUACUCAAAGUUCCAUUAGCAAUUUUUCUAAAACAACAUCGAUUAAUGCUGUAGCCUUACAGCAGGCAUUAUCUCAAAUUCUUCCCCCGCCUUUAAAUCAAACGAAUAGUUCUGAUAAUAAUCAACAAGCUCAUAAUGCGACAGUUACGCCUCAAGUUUUACAUAUUGUCCAAGGCAAAAACGCUACGGGAAAUCAAAUUACUUUGGUUGACAAUACUCAGCCAUCUGUUAUAAAUACACCAAAUGCUACGCCUGUGUUGCAUAUUGUACAAAACAAAAGCUCGACUGCAGGUGCGAAUUCUAACGGAACACCAGUGCAACAUACAAAUUCUUUUGGUGGACUUUCUUUAGUAGAUGCUGGAUUGCAGCAAGGUGGCAAUCAACUUCUUCAUAUUGUUAAUACUGGUAAUCAGAAGAACAAUAAUACAACAAGUCAACUUCUCAAACGAGUUAAUCUACUUACAAAUCUUACAAAUGUUCAAGGAUCAAACGAACAAAAAAUGGUACAAUUCGUAUGUAAAUCCGCUGAUGGAAAAGCGAUACAAUUAAACGCACCUCAUCAGAGAGGUAUGGUUUUAAGAUUGCAGCCUAUUGAAUCCACAAAUGUACAAACCACCCCGACAAAGGCGGACGAUCUUAGUCCUACAACCAAUACCACAAAUAUUGUGUCCGCUAAAGAAACUACCACUAUUCAACAAGAAAUUAAAUCUAGAUCUGUUUACGAAGAAAACUAUGCAAAAUUUAUUCAAAAUACGUCUAAUAAACAAUGCAGUCCUGAAAAAUCUACAAGUCUUCCAAAAUUUAAUCAAGCCUUUGGCAAGCCAGUAUUUCAAGAUGAAAGAAAUCAAAAACAGAAUGAAAUAAGCAAUAAUAAUUCACAUUUAUCAUCAGUGAACUCCAGUGCUGAUAAUCCCGAGUCAGAAACAUCCGAUAACGCUAUUACCCUGGAUCAUAUUGGACAAAUAAGUAGCCCUCCAUUGUUAUUACGAAAGUCACCUCAAACUUCGCAAGCACAACCUAAUCUAGUUCAACAGAUUAAACAGACUAUUACUCCUAUGAACAUUCAAACAAUGCACGGUGGUGUUAUUUAUACGAGACAAAUACCUGUAAAUAUUGGUGGCGGACAAACUAUAAAUUUAAUAACGGUACCUAGUACCGACCUAAUCGAUGAUUCAAAUCAAAAACAAUCUGACGUCAAAUUUGUAAAUCAGACUGACAUUGAACCUUCAAUAAUAAAGAUAGUACCUCAAAAUCAAACAACUUCUAACGCUGAUGUCUCAUGUGAAGAAGGUAAUAAUAAUAGUAGUGGUGGCAUUUCAAACGACAAUGGUCAAAACACACAACCACAACCCCAACCAGUUUUGACGCAGAUGCGAAUUAAAUUGCCAAUGUUAAGUAAAACACCACAAAUGGUUUCUGGUGCAAGAGUUGUUAGACCCUCCUUUUUUCAAAUCCAAAGGAAUGUCAUAGGCGGAGCUAAUCAACCCGUUUACCAGCAGUUGGUGCUUACUGCCGCACCGCCACUUGGACAGCAAACGAUCAGGUUACCACAAUCACAACUUAACAGACAAAUAAAAGUUCCUUCGGAAACUCAAUCGUCAUCGGAAUCUCAAAUGAGCUCAUCGACUCUCGAACAACUAAGGGAAUUCGACAUGGUACUUGAGCAAGUCAAGGAAAGAAGUACUGUGCAACCAAAUUCUAAUGGAAAUGGCCCUUUUUCAAAACUCCAUACUUCACCAAGUGAUACCACUGAUGGUACUACCGGGCCGCCGUCAACAGAGCCUACGCAAGUUCUUUACUCAAUUGGAACUAACCAACAUUUUAAUGUAGCAUACGUUAAUAGAAAACCUACAGUUACCACCACACCUGCAACAUCAACAUUUGUGCGAUCUCCAGAUUCAUCAACUAUUACUGAGUCUCCUUCUUCAUCCUCGCAUGCCCAGAUUUCACAAACAACUACUACAGUAACAUCUCUGAAUGGCACAUCUAUUAACCAGCAAAACCAACAUAAACCGGCGAAAAUUAGUUCCAAAUCGAAAUCAAGACCAAAAGCUUCUUCAAAUCCACCUAACACAUUAAAAUUAAACAAUAUUCCCCCAAAGACUUCUACACAGAAACCUCUAGAGGACGAACAAACGACACAAAGAAUUUUAUACAUAUUAGCUGAGUAUAAAGAACAAGUUGAGAAUUCACCAGAUAAGGAUAAACCAGCGCCUCGAAGACGGACUAACCCGCCUUCAAAUUCUUCGGGGUCUUCAAAGCGUAAGAAGAGCUCAAGUAGUUCACGGCGUCCAGGAGCACGUGAUAUGAGCCCUAUACAUGGAGAAGAAACCUGCCGUACGAUGGGAUCUGAAGACAGCAGUUGCGGAACGUCACAAGGAGAUUGUAAUGAGAGUUGCCUAGAAAGCCAUUCUCCCCAAGACAGUCCACAAAAAAUUGUUAGGAAACUGACGUUUGAAAAUGAAACACCAGCAACCCAGCCACGACCCCAACCACAAAGAAAUGUUAUCGUGGCAGAUGGGCAAACUAUCACUGUCGCCAGAGGAACAUCCGGCAAACCAACUACAGCUGUCCUAAUGCCAGCUAAUUAUAUUCUACCAGUUUCAAUGGUCAAAGGUGGUCAACAAAUCGCCAUAGUUACUAAUCGUGGUCCGAAACUUCUGACCGUUGGCGGUGGCGAAGGUGGAACAACUAAUGCUCUGUUAUUGCAACGUCUGAUUGGUCCUGCUGGAUUGAAGCCUGUUUUAGCUCGUCCUGGAGUACGUCACGUUCGUUUACCAACAGCAGCGUUGCACAAUCUUCAGGCAUUCAACCUAACAACUGCUACUACUAUCCAGGCGCCUGAUAGCACAGCCUCGCCUGCACCGGCUCCAACUCCAGAACUUGUUGAAACUAGAGCAACAACAUCUCCUUGGGCCGAAAAAGAGGCUCAAGACGUUAAGCCGGAACGUGGUUCGAGUCCUGAAGGAUCUGAACCGUGGAACCUUCCAUCAUCGGCUGACCCUCAUGACUACACAUAUGAAGAGACUGUUCGAGCCGACAGUAUUGAUCGUACAGUGCUUGACCCGAUCCCAGAUCGAUACAGUCCCGAUAUGGAGGCGCAAAGGAUAUUUGAUAAGAUGUUCGACGUAGACUCGAAAAAGUCGUAUAUCGUCGAUUCGCAAGACGAUUCGCCGCGUUGCGGUUAUGAUAUAGACGCGUCAGAUUGCGACGAUAAGGCCUACCAUCAGGUUGUGCAGAAAAAGGAUGGUACGUCGCAUCGGCAGCACCGCUUAACGCACGUAUCCGCAGCUGCUUUACGACACAAAUAUGCCAUACUGGAACAUGAACUUAGAUUACAGAAAUCUUUAUCAGAGGAAUGCGAAGACUUGGGCGUGGACUCGCCAUCCGCUUCUGAACUGUUCCCGGAGGCUGAACUACUGUUUGCCGGAUCUCCAGCUCAUGAUCAUACACACGACCAGAAUUCGCACCAUUCGCACACUCCUCAACCAACUAUACUCAGUCAAAGUAGCAUACCUCAGCCCGAUAUGGACGAUCAAAUCGCUACCGAUCAACUGCUGCCUCGUAACGACAUACAAGACGACCGUAACGAUUUGGACGUGAACCUGGGGCUCGAUGAUGUCGGAAUCGUAACCGUCAGCGAAGACGGCAUGCAGGCGACCAUCGCCUUGGAUCACGAAGAGUUUGCGAGGUCGCAUCCAAACACCACCUUCCAUAGUGAACCGACUGAUGAAGGAGAGGUGCAGCCCUUUACCAUAGCCGGUUUCAAAGGCCGUCACAUUACAUCGACAAUAUUCCACGCAAACAGAGCUCCAGCUACAGUUCUAAUGGCGGCCCCACAGACAACUGUCAUAUCUCAGGCAACACCUGACAAUCCUAAUAUUCAACAUAAUGUGAAGUUUUCACACAUUGAUAAUAUUAUCAACUCAGCACCAAGCACCCACGUGAAUAAUUUAAACCUCUCAUCGGUACUUGUCAAAGAUGUUGGCCUGACACGUUUUGACAGUAUCCUAACUGAUUCAAGAGAACUACACUUAUCCAAUACAGCAUCUGCCAUCGUUCACUCUGGAAACAACGCAACUCAAGUAAUCAGAAGGGUUUGCUAUGAUGACGAUAAACGGGACCCGAGGUUUCUAAUCGAUGAACCGGACACACUAAUAGCUGGAGAUGAUGCGAAAAUGAUUGCAGAAGACAGCUCGAGGGACGCUACUCUAGAAUCUAUAACUGGAGACGUUGACGACGACAGAUCCUCACCAGAACGCCAUGCGGAACUAUUUUGGGAGUCGAAUUCAGCCUCAGAGCGCUCUGAAAGUCGAAGACCGUUAGACUUUAGCAGUGAUAGUGACAAAUGCUGCAAGAGUCCAUCCUUCGAUGAAACAAACUCAACGGACUCAAGCGGAGUGGGCACACAUAUGAGACUCGACUCUGUAAUCAAAGAGGCGAGAGGCAAAGAGCGCAGUGGCAGUGCUGAUGGCUCAUCAGCGGAUGACACUCAUCCGCCGCUUCGCACGUAUCCAGCCAAGCGACUCUAUCACUCGCUCGAAGGUGAUAUGGGGCGAAGUUUAUCGGGAAAGACGCGGGCUGGGGAGAGAUCUCCGGACAGUUUAGAAGUCAGACGACGAGCGUCAGGCAGGGGCGUAGUCAAACGAGGCUGCCACUGCUGCAAUGGCUCCCCAGUCCCACCAAGACCUAAAAAACCACGACAAAGGAAACCAACAAUGGAUUUUUCUACCCACUAA